AUGGAGUCGGAUACAUUGCCCGGUACACGGCCGUCGUCUUCCCUGCCUCGACAAGGAUGGUCCCGACUAUUAUCUCCAUCCCACGCGUCUCCAGUCGUGCCCGCUGCGGACCCCUCACACCAGACAAGCCAGCGAUACGACUCCGUCGCCGAAGACCCCGCCGUCGCAUAUCGUGCCACGGCUCUGCGUCAGCUGAACGGUUCCCCGAGGCCUGCAUCCCGUCCUGUCCGAGUUGAUACUCCCCCUGGAAGGCGCUCGUCGACACUCGCCACGCGCCCGGUGCUUGUCAGGGCGUAUUCGGGCGAUGCGCAGGAUAGAUCUACACGACCGUCUGCUAUGUCCGCGCGUCGGUUCCUCUCAUUCUCCGGCUCGAGAAACUCGGCUCCCACGCGCCCGUCCCAGUCUGAUGUCACAUUCCCGACGGAUAAGGACUUCAGUAUUGAGAGUAUACUGCAAGCCAUCGAGCCUGAUAUCCGUGGCACUCUGGACUCCAUUGCUGAGAUCUGUGGACGGAGUAAGCUGAGUCUUUCCAACGAGUAUGGGAGUCACAUCGCGCCUUUGGGUGAGAUUUGUGCUCCGUCGAGUGCGCUAGGACCUGUUGAGGAGGCCAGGCCUAAUGAGGACCGGCGUGCGGAUGACAGCAAUGCGGUCAUUGUCGACGAGGACGCCAGUCCGAUUGAUCCAGCUCGUGAUAUGCAUCCAUUCUCGUUUCAUCGUUAUCUAGAGAAUCUGCGGCAUACCGCGUCUAUGCAGGAACAGAAUCCUACAUCCGGCCAAACAACCCAGAGACAACCCCAUUCCCCACUGUCUCCAGGCAUGGACUCCGAGUCGGAACCUGUUUUCGCUAUUGGCUCCGAGACCAUAUCCUCGACUCCUUUCACGCGCGAAUUCGCAUCAAGACCCAAGCAUAGCGGACGUGAUCUACUUGCAAAGAAUGCUACUACUGGCAGUGGCGAACAGCAGUCAUCUCAGAUGGCUACUGCCGCUGUAGUGUCGGAGGUUCAUCUGGAGGCCAUUGCAAAUGAUGGGUCCUCCGCGGAAUCCAAUAUUCUCCCGCAACCUGCGCUGGGCAGUGAUGGUUCGCCCGCCAUUGGAAGCUCGGGUCCGGAAAUCAUCCAAUCCCUCGUUGGCUGGCUGAAGUGGACUACCACUAUCGCUGGGCCAGAAUCUAGUCCUGCUUUGCAGUCCGCAGAGGGUCGGCUACGAGCUAUGCUUUAUCGUACAGGGAAUGAGGCUGCCCCCUCCACUGUGCCUUGA